GCGGGUCGCCCUCGGGUCAGCCAGCCCGAAGAGUAUGCUACUUCGAGUCGUGGGCCGUCGGGCGUCCAGGAGAAACCAGCUACACGAUCGAGGACAUCCCAGCCCACCUCUGCACCCACGUCAUCUACUCCUUCGGCGGGAUCUCGGACACCACGUGGGAGUAUAAGGUCCUGAACCCCGCGCUGGAAAUUGACGGCAAAGGAUACGAGCGCUUUGUCGCCCUCAAGGACAGGUACCCCGGCGUGAAAGUUCUCAUCGCUAUCGGCGGAUGGGGCGAAGGAGGGUGGAAAUAUUCUCAUAUGGCCAGCCAGCCAGAUCGACGCGCCAUUUUUAUCAACAGCGUCAUCAGCUUCAUGAAGACGUACGGGUUCGACGGCCUGGACAUGGACUGGGAGUACCCCGGCGCGCCCGAGCGAGGGGGCAUGGCGGCGGACAAGCAAAACUUCCGCUUACUGAUGGAGGAACUGCGCCAGGCCUUCGACGCCGAGAACCAGGCGUGGGACCUGAGUAUCGCUGUGCCCAUCUACAGGAACAAGCUGGAGGAUGGAUACGACGUCCCCGGGCUCUGUAGUGUGGUGAACGCCGUAAAUCUUAUGGCCUAUGACCUUCGAGCCCAUUGGGACGGCUUCGCGGACGUCCACUCGCUGCUCUACCGACGUCCUCAGCUCGACUUCGGGGAAUACAGAGAGCGGAAUGCGAACAACGGCGUGCUCCUGUGGGAGGAAUUCGGGUGCCCGAGGAACAAGCUGGUGCUCGGAACAGCCUUCUACGGGCGCACCUUCACCCUGCGGGACCCCACCAACACCGCCCUUCACGCCUCUGUGUCGGCGGCAGGCUACCCGGGGCCUUACACGGGCGCCCACGGGUCCAUGAUCUACCUGGAGAUCUGCAAGCUGUUGGUGGAGGACCCGGAGUGGGUUGCAGCCUAUGACGACGUGGGUCUCGUUCCUUACAUGUACAGCCAUGACCAGUGGGUGGGUUACGAGGACCCGGCCAGCCUCAAGAUCAAGAUGGACUACAUCCGGGACAUGGGCCUCCUCGGGGCCAUGACCUGGGCCGUCGACCAGGAUGACUACUUGGGCCACUGCGGUUUAGGAUUGAAUCCUCUGAUGAAGACCCUGUACGAAGGUAUGGUAGAUUACGUCGUGCCUGCAGAGCCUCCGACGCCCAUCCUCACCACGGCCGCCCCCCCUGCCCCCACCACGCCUCCUGCCUCCACCACCCCAGCAGCGCCCAUCACGCCCUCAGGAGAGAUUGACUGCUCUGUUUCCCAGUUCUGGCCCCACGAGGACUGCAAUAAGUAUUACUGGUGCUAUAACGGCGACCCGCACCUCGAAUUCUGCAACCCGGGCCUAUACUGGAGCCAGAACUGCCAGUGCUGCGACUGGCCGCAGAACAUUGACACCUCCAAAUGCAACGUAGUACUCAAAACCCCAGGUACAGACGAAGCACAAAAGCAGGCCGGAGUGAAGAAGCCCGAGGCAGCACCCGCACAGAAGGCCGUCCUGCGCCAUGUCGACGAAGAGCCUGAACAGACUGGGCAUCGAGCCCUUCCGCUGGGCCUCGCCAAAGGGCUCGCCAAGGCAGUCGUCAAGAAGGGGAAGGCGGCCCCUGCGAAGGAGCCAAGCAAAGCCUCUGCCAAGAAACCUGUUAAAAAGGCAUAAAAAAUAAACUUAAUCUGAAGAUCCAUUGUCACUAAGAUAAUUAUGCAAUCAUACACAAACUUAUGCUUAAGAUAUAUUGUCAUAAAACAGACUUACUCUUAAGACAUACAUUCAUAAAAUAUAUUGUCAUAAACAAACUUAUUCUUAAGAUUUAUAUAUAUUAUUUUGUACGAAUAGGCGGUUAUCAAUUCUAUGUCAUUACACGUAUUGGGGAAUGUAUCAUUGACAUUGUGGUACAUUCAAUGCCUGCAAUGCAUUCCAAUCUGUUAUUACACGAUAUUGGCGAUAUCCUUAUCAACAGUGAUAUUCAUUUUACUCUAUUCUCAGUGUCUGUAAUGUUAUGUGAAAAUAUAAAUGUCUUAUAAUA